AUGACGGCCUCUGGAAAACCUUGGACAAUCAUCGUCGGAUCCGGGCCGAGUGGCCUGCUUCUCGGUUUGAUGCUAGCAAAGAAGGGAGUCAGUGUCCAUAUCCUCGAGGCAUCUGCUGAGCUCGACGACUCUCCUAGGGCCGCAUAUUAUGGUCCUCCUGCUGCGUACGUGCUCCGCCGCGCUGGUGUCAUUGACGAUAUUCGAGCGGAAGGGUUUGAUCCGUCGGUGACGAGUUGGCGCAAGCUUGACGGCACCUUUUUGGCCGGCCUAGACAACAGUUACCUUCAUGAUUAUCCAGACAGGAUAGCCUGUCUUCCGUUGGCUCAACUGGACCAGUUACUGUACCGGCAUGCAGUUGCCCAGCCCACGCUGACAGUUUCAUUCAAUCAUAAAGUUGUCGACAUUGGCCAAGACGCAGAGAAGGCCUGGGUGGACGUCGAGACAUCCGAAGGUCCGAAGCGUUUGGAAGCGACUUACGUUGUUGGCUGCGAUGGCGCCUCUAGUGUCGUGCGAAGGUGUCUGUAUGGAAAGGAAUUCCCUGGCUACACCUGGGACAAGCAAAUCGUUGCCACCAAUGUUGCAUACCCAUUCGAGAAGUAUGGCUAUGAUGAUGCCAACUUUUUUAUCCAUCCAGAACACUGGCACAUGGUAGCUCGUCUUACCAAGAACGACGAUGGCAGUGGGUGGUGGCGUGUGAGCUAUGGCGAGAUCAACGGUCUUUCUCGAGAGGAGCUCGUUGCACGACAACCCAUGAAAUUUGAGGCCAUGUUGCCCGGUCAUCCCAAACCUAGCGAGUACAGUCUCGCUGCUAUCAGCCCUUACAAGAUCCAUCAGAGGAUCGUAGACAAGAUGAGAGUGGGGAGAUUCAUGCUUGCAGCCGAUGCAGCACAUCUCAACAACCCUUUUGGAGGUCUCGGUCUUACGGGCGGACUAACAGACGUUGGAGGGCUUUAUGACUGUCUGAUCGGCGUCUACGAAGGGAAGGCGGAUGAGAGCAUCUUGGACAAGUAUUCCGAGAUGCGACGACAGCGAUUCAAGAUCGUGACAGAUCCCAUCUCCACGGAGAAUAUCAAGCGACUGUACGAUCAAGACCCGGACAAGGCACUUGAGAAUGACGACUUCCUCAAGCUACUGAAGAGCAUGGAAAAUGACCGGGAGAAGCAGGUUGAUUUCAUGAAAGGUCCCAUGGCUCUUUGGUAUGACUUUACGCAGCACUAUAAGACGUCGGAAGGCAAGACUACAGGGUCAAAGAACAAUAUUGUAUCUAACGUGGAACAGAUACCGGCAGUGGGCGUAGAUGGUUAG